AUGUAUUCACACAAAAGUGAUGUGUGGAGCUGUGGAGUACUAAUGUUUGAAGUUUUUUCUAACGGAGAAACACCUUACAAGGACAUUUCGAAGUUGCACGAUGUGCGAAAGAAGGUCGUUUUCAACGGACUCCGACUUAGACCGCCGCCAGAUAUGCCAGCAGAAGAAUCUGCCAUCAUGAUGAGCUGCUUUGAAGACGAUCCAGUUGCUAGGCCCUCUUUCGAUGACUUGAAAAGGAUGUGCGUUUAA